UCGUCACUCCGCGGUUCGCAGCUAUGGCAACCAGGAAGCUAUAGGGCGGCCGUGGAACGCACACAAAGGAAGUGCUGGAAACCACUGGGCGGAAAUAAGGAAACUGUUUCCGGUAUUGAUAAAAGAGAGGAGACAGGGAGCUUCUAGGGGAGCGUUCAUCAUGGUCAGUCCCUUCCCGGUGUCAACACUGAGGAUGGAGAAGGAGCGCGGUCACAUGACGGAGAGGAUGCUAAACCUCACAUUGGAGAUCAUCUACCUGCUGACCGGAGAGAAUUAUAUUGCUUUCAAGUUAUGUGAUGGUUUGGUUGCACCAAACCUGAAAAAGACCCAGAACCCCUUCACAGUUCAACCGCCCCCGCUAUCACCCGAGAGAAACAAUGACAAGAAAAUUGAAGAAGUCACCCAAAAGAUGAUUGAUCUGCUAUCAGGAGAGGUUCCUACAACACAUCAGGAUGCCAGUGAAGAACACAAGGAUCUCUACAAGGACGUCAUGAUGGAGAACCGGCCGCCCCUCACAUCACCGGAUGGAUCCAGUACCAGAAAUCCCCCAGAGAGAUGUCCCCGUCCUCUGUAUUCCCGGGACUCCACACAGAAAGAUCAAGACUGUCAGGCAAACAGUGUUGUCGUAAUCAAAGUUGAAAAAGAAGAAGAUCCAUACGGGAGGAAUGAUGAGCCACAUAAGGAAGAAGAAGAUCCUCCAGAGAUCAGCACAGAUGGGAUGUACAGGCAGUACAGCAUGGAGAAAUGUUCGGAAAGCUCUCCAGAUAACGAAGAAGUCGAUGACUUCCCUGCAGACUCUCCAGAGGACUCGAUCACCAACGAUCUCCAUCCAUCAUCUCACAGUGCAGAUCUUUUGGAUCCCUCUACUCAUGAAAGGAGCCCGAGCGAUCCCUCCCCUCCCGUAACAUUUCACGCAAUCCAUGGGACAUCUGAGAAGUUCCCGUGCUCCAACUGCGGCAUGUUCUUCACUCAGAUAACGGCGCUCCUCGCCCACAAGCAGACUCACGCGGCAGAGAUGCCGUAUUCUUGCCCUGACUGCGGCAAACUUUUCGCCCUGCAGAAUGACCUCCUUAACCACAUCGCGAAUCACGCCAUCGACCAGCCGUACUCUUGCUCUUAUUGCAGAAAACACUUCCUGAGUAAAUCCCGCCUGGACCGUCAUGAAAUCAUUCACACGGGGCACAAGCCGUAUUCCUGCUCCAUGUGCGGCAAACGCUUCACGCAGAAGGCCAACCUGGCCCGCCACGAAAAGACUCACACGGGGGAAAAGCCUUUUGCCUGUCUGGAGUGCGGGAAAUGCUUCACAAGGAAAGCCACUUUGAUCGAACACCAGUAUUUGCACAGGUGAAUACGCACCAUGGCUCAGACAUUGAUGGGUAUCUACGUACGUGCCUGUGGCAUGGCAGUGGCGAGGAGCGCCGUUAUUGUAUAACUCUUUGAAGUGACUCAGUUUGUUGAUAAGGACCAUUAGGUCAAAUCUCUGAUGGACGUGUCAAUGUUGGUUGAGGGCGCCGUCAUGAAUAACCCUGUGAAAGUAAAGAACUAUUUUUGUGUCCA